CAUGUUGAGGCGCUUCUGGUCCGAGGGCAUAGCGUUUGCCGCGUCGGUUCAGGGUAACCGAGUCUCUUCGGCCGGGGAAGUCCGCCAUGUUCCGAUCGGCCGCACCGCCCCCACCGCCUACGCCACCAACAAGAUGGUCUCGGCGAAGUACACGGUGUGGAAUUUCUUACCCUACAACCUGUUGGAGCAGUUUCGCCGGAUUGCCAAUUUUUAUUUCCUCGUGGCCACCAUCAUAGUGAUGAGCAUCAACAGCCCCGUGAGUCCGUGGACCAGCCUGCUGCCACUGCUCUUCGUGGUGGUGGUGACGGCCGCCAAGCAGGGCUACGAGGACUACCUGCGCCACUGCAGCGACCGCGAGGUCAACCUGGCGCCCGUCUCCGUCAUCCGCAACGGCGUCUCGCAGGAGCUGAGCGCCGAGCGCAUCCAGGUGGGAGACUUGGUGAUGGUGGCGUGCGACCAGGACGUGCCCUGCGACAUGGUGCUGGUGGCCAGCAGCCACCCCAACGCGCGCUGCUACGUCACCACUGCCAACCUCGACGGCGAGAGCAACCUCAAGACGGUGUUCCUGCCGGGCGCCUUGCGCAACGUGCGCGCCGCGGGGCAGCUCAUGGGCGUCAAGGGGGUCAUCGAGUGCGAGCAGCCGCACCCCGACCUGUACCGCUUCUACGGACGGCUGGAGCUGUCCACCCCGGUGGCCGCCCCGCCCGCCCCGCCCGCCCCGCCGCCGGCGGCCUCGCACUCCGCGCAGCGCACGUCCAUCGACAGCCUCACGGCGCGCCUCAGCCAGAUGAUGUUCAUGGAGGCGGACGAGGAGCCGCUGUCCUCGCCGCUGUCCGCCGACCACCUGCUGCUCAAGGGCGCGCGCCUGCGCAACACGGACCAAGUGUUCGGCUGCGCCGUCUACGCCGGCGCCGACACGAAGGUGGCGCGCAACUCACUCAUAACGCGCAACAAGUUCUCUGCGAUGGAAAAGUCCAUCAAUCGACUGCUGCUGCUCGCCAUGUCCUGCCUCCUGUUACUCGUCGCCGCCUCCGUGGUGGGCUCCAGCCUGUACAAGGGCUCCGACGCCAUGGCCUCGUUCAACGACGCGCACCUCGGCGACAUAGAGGACAUGACGUCAUCGGAAAUCACCAACGAGGUCCUCUCCUACCUCAUCCUCUACAACUACUUGAUCCCCAUCUCGCUCUACGUUACCAUCGAAAUGCAGAAGUUCCUGGGCUCGCUCUUCUUCACGUGGGACAACCAGAUGUACUGCUCGGACACGAACCGGACGGCGGUUUGCAACACGUCCGACCUCAACGAGGAGCUCGGCCUGGUGGAGUACCUGUUCACGGACAAGACGGGCACGCUGACGGAGAACUCGAUGGUGUUCCGGCGCUGCUGCAUCAACGGCGUGCCGUACCGCGACGUGCGCGGCGCGCUGCGGGAGCUGCCCCACGGCAUGGCGACGCGCGCCAGCGCGGACCUCGACGCGGACCUGGGCGCGGCCGACGACGCCGCCGACCUCAGCGCCGCCAUGGAGCACUUCUUGCUGGCGCUGGCGCUGUGCCACUCGUCGCAGAUGGACUACGAGGAGCGCUUCGACGAGCUGGACGGCGCCGAGUUCCAGUACUCCUGCUGCAGCCCCGACGAGAGGGCCCUGCUGCUGGCGUGCGCGAGAUUCGGCGUCGUGUUCCUGGGCGAGUCCAGCGGCUACUACGUGGUGCGCGUCCAAGGGCGAGUCAAGGCCUUCCGGCGCCUCGAAGUGCUGGAGUUCACUUCAGAGCGCAAGAGGAUGUCGGUGAUCGUGCGCGACCCGUCGGACCAAAUCUGGGUGUUCUGCAAGGGCGCCGAGGCCACGGUGCUGCCCCUCGUCAGCCAGGGCCAGAAGACCAGGACCAUGGAGUGCAUCCACGAGUUCGCCAUGCGCGGCCUCCGCACCAUGCUGGUGGCGUGUCGCCGCAUCCCGCGGCAGGAGUUCUCGGCCGUGCUGCAGGCCGUGCGCUCGGCGCGGUGCACGCUGGCGGGGAACCGCGAGUCCCAGGUGUCGUCGGCGUGCCUGGCCGUGGAGCAGGGCCUGACGCUGCUGGGCGCCACGGCGGUGGAGGACCGCCUGCAGCCCGGCGUCCGCGAGGCGCUGUCCAACCUCAGGGACGCCGGCGUCAAGACGUGGAUCCUGACAGGGGACAAGGUGGAGACGGCGCUCAGCAUCUCUUACUCGAGCGGCCACCUGGAGCUGGAGGCGGAGCCGCUGUUCGUGACGGAACACACCAGCGCCACCGCCGUCACCAGGACGCUGCGCGUCAUCAAAGAUCGGCUGGCUUCCGGGGACAACUACGGGCUGGUGUUGGACGGCGAAUCCCUCGGGCUGUCUCUGCAGCACGCGCCGGACCUCCUGCUGGACGUCAUGGUGGCCAGCCCCGCGGUCAUCUGCUGCCGGCUGUCCCCACUGCAGAAGUGCCAGAUCGUGCGACUUAUAAAGAACUCCAAACAUCGGCCGACCACGGCGGCGAUCGGGGACGGCGCCAACGACGUGUCCAUGAUUCAGGAGGCGCACAUCGGGCUGGGUCUGAUGGGCAAGGAGGGCCGGCAGGCCGAGCGCUGCGCUGACUUCGCCAUGGCUCGCUUCCGCUUCGUGCAAAGGGCGUUACUGGUUCACGGCCACUGGUACUACUUCCGACUCUCCAACCUGGUCCAUUACUUCUUCUACAAAAAUGUCGUCUUUGUCCUUCCCCAAUUUUAUUUCAUUUUAUUUACUGCAUUUUCCCCUCAGUCCAUGUAUACAUCCGUAUUUCUCACCUGCUUCAACAUUAUCUUUACAUCGGUCCCUGUGUUAGUGUAUGGUUUGCUGGAACAAAACCGGCCAUCCUACCAGCUGUUGCAAUAUCCAGCACUAUAUAAAAGGCACCAAGGCAACAAGCUGAUGAGAACUGGUCAUUUUAUCACAUGGUUAGCUGCAGGCCUUUGGCAUUCAGUUGUUGUUUUCUUUGUCCCAGUCAUGGCAUUGAGUUUCAACACUGUGAUACUGAACAAUGGCUCAGAGGGUGACAUGUUAUGUCUUAGCACACUGGUGUAUAGCUCAGCAGUACUGGUAGUCAACUUUAAGCUACUGAUAACCUCUCAGUAUUGGACCCUCCCGUUCCUUCUAUCAAUAAUAGGAUCAUUCCUACUUCUGCUAGUUAUUAACUUGAUAUACUCUGUCAUUGACUUGGAUAAAUUGAUUAAUCAACAAAUGUUUUACGUAUAUCUUGAGCUACUAAGCUCACCACUUUUCUGGAUUAUUACCUUUCUUUCUAUUUGGGUGGCCAUAAUGCCCGAUAUUAUCAUUAUUAGUAUUGCCAAUUUUAAGAGAGCUCAACAAGAUCCAACAUACAAGUAUACAUCUAAUAUAUGCUGUAUCCAAACAAAGAAGAAAUGGUCAAGAAGUGUUAGAACAGACUUUAACAAAAGGUCUGGCCGAGUUUCAAUGAUGAGAUCUACCAAAUAUAGGUCUCCUUUACAGCCAUUACCAUUAAACAAUAUACAAGUGUCACAGACUAUUGAUAUAGCUUCAAGAGAGUCCUUGACAGCUGACAGCAAUGAGACUGGAAGUGCCAUUUAAAAAGUUUUUUUUUCUUUUACAUUUU